UUUUCUUGCAGCAAUCCUAUGCACUCGGCUGUGUCCUGUCACUUGACAGCACUGCUUGACAGGCGCAGUCGCUAUCCAAGACACGUGUUACCCUUGCUUGUGACUUUCCUCAAGUUCACCGACCGCUUUGAAUAACAAUGUUUUAUACAAUUCCUUUCGAAGUUUAUACAGUACUCGUGUCGUUGGCAAUUAUCCUAAUCUUGUGGUUAUCUACGAGACGAAAAGCCAAAAAUGUAUGUGUAGUAGUCUUAGGGGAUGUGGGUAGAAGCCCAAGAAUGCAAAACCAUGCACUGUCUUUUGCAAAAGAAGGUUACCAAGUAGACGUCGUUGGUUAUACUGGUUCUGCUCCUCUCAAUGAACUUACUGAACAUCCCAACGUUCAAAUGCGAUAUAUGAAACCUCCCCCAAAUCUACAAGAAAGACUGCCUCGCUUAGUUUUCUACGGAUUAAAAGUUAUCUGGCAAUCUGUGACUCUACUGACUGUCUUGGUGGUUAAACGGCGCUCCAGUUAUUUGCUAUUGCAAAAUCCUCCUGCUAUACCAACAAUGCCAAUAUGCUGGCUUUAUUGCAUGCUUAUGCGUGUUCAGCUUACCAUAGACUGGCACAAUUAUGCUCAUACUAUUCAGGCACUAAGUUCAGGAUGCGAGGAUGCAUUUGUUAGAAUAACUAAAUAUAUUGAAUUCACAUUUGGACGUCUAGCAGCCAGUAACUUCUGUGUCAGCGAAGCAAUGAGAGCAGAUCUUCAGAAAAAAUGGAAUAUAAAAGCAAAAGUAUUGUAUGAUCGACCUUCUCAAGAAUUUCAUCCUAUUUCACUCUUGGAAAAGCAUAACUUGAUGCUUAACUUGGGAGAGACCUACUCAAUAGUCAAAGGGCAAAAGAAAAAUUCAACGGUAUUCACAGACUGCUCAGAAGAUGGACAGGUCACUCUGCGAAGAGACAGACCUGCCCUACUUGUUUCUAGCACCAGCUGGACACAGGAUGAAGAUUUUGGAAUAUUGAUAGCAGCUCUUCAAGAAUAUGAAGACGCUUAUGGAACUGAAGAAUUGAUGUUGCCUGACAUUAUUUGUUUUGUAACUGGCAAGGGACCUCUUAAAGAGUUUUGGACAGCAAUAAUAAAACGGAGAAAUUGGCAGCAUGUUGAGGUAAUUACGCCUUGGCUAGAAAACGAGGACUAUCCCAAGCUUUUAGCCAGCGCGGACUUAGGCAUUUGUCUUCACACUUCCUCAAGUGGCUUAGAUCUUCCAAUGAAGUUAGUUGAUAUGUUCGGCAGUGGGCUUCCUGCAUUGGCGUUUAACUACAAAUGUUUAGACGAGCUACUUGUGCACAAAACCAAUGGCAUGGUUUUCGCAGAUGAAAAGGAUCUCGCGCAAUUGUUGCUGAAAUGGUUUGAGAAUUUUCCUGAUAACAAGGACCAACAGUUGGAGGAUAAAAAAUUCCGUGAGCAAUUAAUGAUUUAUCAAAAGCAGCGUUGGCAUGAUUAUUGGUUAGCAAACGCGGCACCGAUUUAUUUGUACAGUGAAUUUUUACCCACGAGAACGGUAAAAGAUGGUUUGUAUGGUUACAAAGUUCUAUGUCGUAUAAUGUGUCUGAAUCUGCGGUUUCAACUGGGAUCCUUCAUUCACGGUGACCGAGCAAGCAACCACAGGUCUGGAAACGCCACAGGCACGACCCAAGGCUCCUUUACUCCUAACAAAAACAUAGGGGACGUUCUUGUCCUCGCAAAGCAGCGGAAGAUGCACCUCAUUGGCUCCCUUGCGGAGCUGCUUGUAAUUCAUAGCUUGCUGCACCAGGUUGAGGAUCUUUGCUGUCAGGGUGGCGUCAGCCAAAGGAUAAGCCUUGGGAUUUACUUGAUAACGAUGGAGCUCCGAUAUUUUGUCUUUCUCAUAAGCUUAUUAGCUGUUUAUUUCUCGUCGCUUUCUAACGCUAAUUCUUCAUCCAUAGUUAACUUACAACCCGACACACCUUCGGAUAAACCUUUGACAACAGAUCGGCCCAUAAUCGGCAUCUUGGCCCAGGAAAUCAGUUAUUAUUUGAACAGAUCAUAUCCGAACCAAUAUGACAGUUUUAUCGCCGCAUCUUACGUUAAAUUUGUGGAAGGUGCCGGGGCCUUGGUUGUGCCAAUAUGGAUCGGCAAGGGAGAAUCAUACUACGAAGACAUCCUGAGCAAAGUAAACGGCGUCCUUUGGCCUGGCGGUAGUUCAUAUUUUAAUGUUAGUAAGGGUUACGCCGAAGCCGGGGCGAUAAUUUACAGAAUCGCUACUAGAAUGAACAAUGAAGGUAUUUAUUUUCCGAUAUGGGGAACCUGCUUGGGAUUUGAACUUCUCACAUACGUAGCAGCUGGUGGCGUUGAACAUCGUUCCGCUUGUUCUAGCAAAAAUCAGGCACUCCCACUCGAGUUUGUAUCAGGAUACGAAUCCAGCAGAAUGUUCGAAAAUGCUCCGCCUCUUAUAAUCGAUAUUCUGUCGCAAAAUCACGUCACAGGAAACUACCAUCAGUACUGUGUAACUCGAGAUGAUUUAAAGAGAGUAAAUCUGGAAUCAAAGUUCAAAGUAUUAUCGAUAAAUCACGAUUGGAACGGAUUCGAAUUUAUAUCAGCGAUCGAGCACGUGAGCCUGCCUUUUUACGGGGUUCAAUUUCAUCCUGAAAAAAAUCUUUACGAAUGGGUCAGAAAGACUAACAUUACCCAUAGUUUCGAAGCAUCUCUAGCCAGCCAAUACUUCGCGAAUUUUUUCGUCGAAGAGGCGAGAAAAAAUUUGAACUCGUUUCCUAAUAAUUCUGAUCUGGAAUACUUGAUUUAUAAUUACCCUAUAACCUUCACCGCUCCUAAAAGUUCCUACUUGCAGUGUUACUUGUUUUCGAAUUGUUCGAAAAACGAGUGAUGAUUAAUUAAACAAAUAAUUAUAAGUCUACUUUAUCGCUGUUAAAUUUCCAAUAAAAAUAAAACAAAUUAAUCCAUCA